AAAUCAAACAGUUAUUUUGUUCAUUACAUAUUUCGAUAUUUCCAUUUAUGCAGUUCACAGUGCAGUGUGCAGAUAUUAUUAUCUAUACAAUUUAAUAUCCAAUCUCUGUAUCGAAAAUUAUGGCUGAAUCAAUGGAAUUUCAAGAUGUAUUGAAGUCAAUGAAGUGCUGCCUGUGCCAAAACGUUUUAUCAGUGCCACCGAUAAUAGCAAUUUCAGAAGAUGGAAAACACUUGAAGUGUGGAAGGUGUAAGAAUGUCAAGAAACCAUUCAACGCCAGAAAUUUUGCUUUCGAGAAUAUCGUGAAGUUUUUCUCAUUUCCUUGCAUCUACGAGGAUUGCAAUGAAAUGAUUCCGUGGAAAGAUGUUGAAAGACAUGAAGACAUUUGUGAGAAAAAAACUAUCAGUUGUCCAAUUUAUUACGAAUGUGGAGACAUUGUACAGGUGCAGAAUUUGGAGGAGCACAUGAAACAAAACCAUAGAAAAAAUAUGAAUUUUGGAUACUUGACUAGUAAAUUGAAGCAACAUUGGGGAGAAGUUCAUUUCGUUAAGUCAAAUAAUCAACAGUUUCUUGUGAUGAUAAAAAAUUAUGAUACACCAGAGGUAUAUGUUGCUUCGCUGAAUGGUAUAAAUGAAUGUUUUACAUACAAUUUGAAAUUAUCCAGCAUUUCUAAAGACAAAUAUUCUGUCUCGAUUGAGAAUGAACCAAUCAACAAAUAUGAUGAUAGGGAUCAUUGUUUCUCUUGUAUCGAUGAGACCUGCGAUUUGAAGCAUCAUCCCCAUUCAAGUGUGAAUGGAAAUAUACCUGUUACUGUGAAUUGCAAGAAGAUUGAUCUAACUCACAUAAAACCUUUAUUUGGUGAUAUUUCUAAGAUAAAAUAUACCAUAAAAAUCCAUCCGAAGAAGGACUUUGAAGCAAAUAAUAAAAAAAUGGUCAAUGAAAAUUUGACAGUGAAAAGUCAAACAAACAAUUCAACCGUUGUUGAUCUGUUGAAAAAGCAGUUACAGUGUCCAAUUUGUAUGGAAUACAUGAUCGGCUAUAUUUAUAACUGCGAAAAAGGACAUGUAGUAUGCAAUGUGUGUAAAAUUCAACUGACUGAGUGUCCAUAUUGUCGAACAAAAAUUGGAGAAUCUAGGAAUUUUCCUUUGGAGAAUUUAGCUGAAAUAGUACCGUUCGCUUGUCGAUUCUCAGAAGAUGGCUGCGAGUUCACAGGAGAAUAUAAGUUGCUGUGUGAGCACGAGAAAAGUUGUGAAUAUGACACUUUUACAGGACUGAAAGACCUUUUUUAAUCUGGAAAGCUCGAAGCAGAUGACACUGGUGAGAUCGCACUUCAGAGCACUACCACCAUCAGGCAAUAUCAAUGGACGCUGAAAAUGGAUUCACCGGAAUUAGAACAACAAAAGAAAGAAUGGCUUCGUCUUUGUGUUCACCCACUCUCUUCUCGGACUGGACAGUCGGAGCAAAUCGAAGCCGGCCGUGCUUGGUUCGGACUGUCAUAUGCCGAUGUUGCCAGAGUAACCACACGUCUUCAUUGGUCACACUCAAGCAUGUGAUUCAUUAUAGCCAAUAAAACGGAAUCAUGAACCUGGCAACGUCGAAUAUGAUGCAUUUCAAACAAAUAGUAAACACAUGUAUUGAAACAUUCCAGAGAUGUUUCACGUCACGCAUAACAACUGAGAAAUAUUUCACAUACUUAAAC